CUGCGCGUGUCCAAUACGCGGAAGUUUCGGAAAAAAUUAAUGUCCAAGUAAUCGGCACCAGCCUUAUGGAGGGAUCGGCCGGGAGUGAAGCUUUUGAAUUUACUGGCGUAAGCGUAACUAGGAUAGAACAGGUGGCCGAGAGAAAAAGAGGCCACGUAGCGAAGAACGAGGUGCGUCAUUUGCAUAAUGCCCAGGACGCGUAAAUACGUACUGAACACUUUUACUACGGCUAGAACUGAAACAAUCCUGGGCCUGUACAGUUUGGUUACGUUGUUGGUUCAGAUUUACGCCUAAGUCAACUUUAGACACAGACCGUGAACUCAUCCAGCUGAUUUUUUUUGUUGCAGCUGCAUCAAUUGGGAGGUGUGACUAACUUGAUUUGCAUAGAGAUACUGUCGGUGACAAAUAAUAAUUAUGAUGGUUAAGGUUCAGAAUCAUAUCAGUUUGAUCACCAUAUGUUUGCUGUAUGCAUCCAGUCUUUUAUUUCACUUGGUUGCUACUGUUGAUGUUGUUGAACCAUCUCAUCUGGAAGACCUCAGUGACCCAUCACCAUCCUCCUGGCCAGGUCAUUUGAAGCCCCUUGGUUCAGAAGCUGUUCGACUCCCCAUCUCAGAAGUAAACAAGUUCCCCUCUCCAACCGAGUUUUUCCUGCAAUAUGUUUACCCUUCAUUGCCAGUUGUUUUCAGGCGGGGAGCCAGGAGAUCACCAGCAUUUGAGCAAUGGAGUGAUGAAUAUUUGAAAAGUUUGCCUGAGUCUCAAGAAAUGAUUGAUGUUGAAGUGAGGAAGAUUGAGAAUAGGAGCAUGCCCGCAAGAUGGAUGCCUUUUGCCGAGUUCCUGGAUCGAUACAAAAUCCAUGAUGAAUAUCUGGUCACAGGGGUGCCUGAUUUUCUGAAGAAAGAUGUUUUGGUUCCUCCUCCUUUACAUUGUGAUAACAUCACAGCAAGUUUUCUUGACACAGUGAUGUGGUUCAGCAGUGGUGGUACCAAAUCUGUUUUGCAUAAUGAUGAUGUUGAUAACAUCAACUGUUUGUUUAGUGGUCAGAAAGAAAUCCUGUUUAUCAACUAUACCAAAUACAGACAACAGAUUGUAUUUGAUCACCCUGAAGGUAGCUACUCUAGUGUUGAUGUUGAUCGAGUUGACUUCAACAAAUAUCCAGAAUUCAGGGAUAUUGAGUUCUUUGAGGCAAAAUUGGAAGCAGGCGAUUGCAUUUACAUUCCAUAUAAAUGGUAUCAUCAGGUGAACUCUAUCAAUCGUAACAUUGCAGUCAAUAUCUGGUGGAAUCACAAAGCUAACAUUAUUCCAACCUCUCAGACUUGUGGCGCCCCAGAUCCAAUGCUUUCAUUGGCAGAUGUCAAGUUCCUUUACCAUGAAUUGAUGGACAGUGAAGAAGAGGAGAUCACACACCCAGAACUUCUUUUCAUUGAAAGUCCGGUCCAGAGCUUGACAACAUUUAUGGAAGAAGCAGGAGAGGAAAUUCUGGUAGAGAGUCAGUUUCUGGAACUACUCGUUGAGAGGCUGCCAAUGUUGCAAGGGGGGAUUUGGAACGAGGAGGCUUUACAUAUCGGACAUAAGAUCUUUAAACAAUUGGAUGCAGAUGAAGAUGGAAAAAUAACAUCGCAAGACAUGGAAAAGUUACCCAUUGAGAAGGAGGAAGGGGGGCCAUUUGCACUCAGCAUCCAGGAGAAGCUGAUGAUGCUUAUUGAUGUUAUUGAUGAGGAGAUCAGUAAAGUGAAAGAGAAAAAGCUGCAGACAUUGUUGGAAAAGACAGCACAAAGUUAUGAUCUGUUGACAUCCCUGGAACGUCUUGAGCCAGCCAAGAUGGAGGAAAAAUCUCAAAUGGAUAAAGAUGAGCUUUAAAUUUUUCAUGUGUAGAUGUAUGGUAAAAAUUAGUCUGGGAACAACAUUAUGGGAAGCUUGCAAUGUUGAAGUCAGUUUAGCUGAACAUUUUGAUCAUUUAAAGCAGUGAUGUUUUGGGGGGGUCUUACAGUUCUGAUAUACCAGCUUUGAAUCUCAUCAGGUUUGCCUCCCAGGCUUGGUUUUUAUUUUCUGCCUUAGUCCUGCAGCUUUUGUGCAAGUAGCUUUCAUUUUAGGACAAGUUACUGUAAGUGCUUUGAAAAAGGUGUUGUUCGCAAAUGCUCUGUUCUUUUCUUAAAAGAAGUGAAAGCUGGUCACAGAUACUUUGAAGCUGAAAUAUUUUGUUAACUGAUAUAAUCUGAUAUUUCUAUUAUUAGGCUCACUGACAUCAGUAAUUACAGACCUAUUUCAGUUCUCCCACAUGUGUCUAAGAUUCUAAAUAGGACUGUAAAUAACCAACUUCGUGAUUUCCUUGAUCAGACAAGCUCACAACAUAAGCUCACCCUGUCAGCAAAACAAAGUUCAUGGUUUUUGGCACAGGUCAUCGUUUAUCUCAUGUUGGAGACAUUCACAUUACUUUAGACGGAGAGGCUAUUUAGUGUGUCAAUAGUUUUAAAUAUCUAGGGGUAAUGCUAGACAAGUCGCUAUCAUGAUCAGAUCAUAAUCAACUUUGUUGAGAAAAUCUUGAACAAAAUUGGUUUCUUUGUCAUUCUGCCAAACCUUGCCUCCCCUGCUUGGAUUUUUAAAAUGCUGAAGAGUGCCAGGUCCAGUUGUUCUAACAGCAAUCUUGAGAGACUUGUUAAACUGCAAAAUCUACUCGCUAGAUUAAUUCUUAAUGCACAUUAUGAAGUCUACAAGUGUGUUAGAAAAUUUAAUCCUUGGUACCUUAACUCUCGUUUGAACCUCCAACCCAUUCGUUUGGCAUCUGAUUGCUGUUAAAUGGCUCAAAUUGAGGCAAAUGCACAUUCCAAUAUCUAGGGACCUUGGGGUGGAACAAGUUGACUGCCUCAAGAAGGCAGGCGGAGUCCCUCUCUAAACUCAACAACUUUUAUGGUUGAAUUUUAUUUAACCUUAAUAUUGUCUUUAAUCUUUAAAUUUAAUCACUGUCACAGAUUUUUAAGUUUCAGAUUACGUUUAUUUAACCAAUUGUGUUUGAUUCCAUUCAAUUUUAGUUUUAUUUUUUAUUACAUAUACAUUUUAUAUUUUAUUUUUUGCUUUAUAUUUUACUCUA